UGUCCUCGGAUGCGUUAGUAAGCAGUCUGUGAGUCUGUUUUAGUCCUUUGUAACUCUCUGUUUGGUAUCUAGCUCUCGGUGCAUACUGUUGGCCAGUGGAGUGUCAAGAGGGUGAGGAUUUAUGGGGGUUGACGAUGAGGGGAGAGAAGGGUGUAUCUCUGCAUAUAUAAUUCCGUAUCCUUGUCGACAGUCGAAGGAUCAGUUAAUGCAGAAUCUGGAUUUUGUGGUUUUGGAAUCCGAAGUAGUGAGGUGUGGAGAGUUGCUUCUUCGUUACAGAGGCCAGUUUUCUGUCGAGGAUAUAUUCUAGUUGUCAUGAGCACGGUUGGCACCAAGUGAUGUAGUUCUGCCUCCUGUUGAUAUGUUUUUGUUAUUCUCAUUUGUAAUGACUUAGUUGAAAAUGCUGCUGCGUGUCAAAAUCUUGAACGCUGUUGCCGAGGGUAAAUAGAAGUUAUUUCAAAUGAGAUUUGAUUACCCAUCUUUAGUUUGUUUCUGAGUCGAUCCCGUGCUCUUUGACUACUCCCUCUUCGACAUCAGAUUAUUGAAGCUAUUGCGCUGUAGGUUAAUGUCAAUAUGGUAGCUGUUGUUGGCACUUCUAGACGAAGUGCAUUGUUCAUGACUCAUGUUAGGUCGCCCUACUGUUUUAAGUGUCUAGCCGUGCAUUGUGCUGUGCAGCUUGAAGGCCUUGCAUCGUAUUAAAAGGCGCACAUAUUACACGUCGUGGAUUGUUCAGGUAUCAGUCAAGGAGUCAACAUGGUCCAGCAACCUGUGACGGAGGUUAUUGCAGAUUCGACUUGCAGCUCACUACUUCGCGAACUUCAGCGAAUAUGGGACGAAGUAGGAGAAAAUGAUGUGGAUAGGGACAAGAUGCUAUUGCAGCUGGAGCAGGAGUGUCUAGAGGUGUACAAAAGAAAAGUAGAUUCUGCUAACAAUGCUCGAGCUCGUCUACACCAAGUUCUUGCUAGCGCUGAGGCAGAAUUGUGUGCCCUGUAUUCUGCACUCGGAGAACCCACUCAAAAUCAACUUACCUCAGUUGGAUGAACUACGUCGAAGGAAAGAAGCCCGAGCUGCACAGUUUUUGGAAGUUAAAACUGAGAUUGCCAAGAUUUGUGAGGAAAUUGUAGGUAACUACGGAGAUGUAUGUGUGUCUGAGGAGGAUCUGACACUCAGGCGUUUAGACGAGUAUCAUGGACAACUGGCAGCACUCCAGAAAGAGAAGAGUGAACGAGUUCAGAAGGUACUAGAGUAUGUGAACUUAAUGCAUCAACUUUGCUCGGUCAUGAACAUGGACUUCUUUCACGUUGUUACAGAAGUCCAUCCCAGCUUGAGCGACUCACAAAAUUUAUCAAAAAGCAUCAGCAAUGAAACUCUUGAUUGCCUCGCUAAGUCGAUUCAUUCGUUGAAAGCUGAGAAGAGAAAACGUGCGUUAAAGAUUAAAGAUCUUGGAACUUCAAUGGUUGAGCUGUGGAGGCUGAUGGACACUCCUGUUGAAGAGCAGCAGGCAUUUCAGCAUGUUACAUGCCACAUUUCAGCAAGUGAAGAUGAAAUAAUUGGACCCAGUUCCCUGUCGGUAGAAACUAUCGAAGAGGCUCAGAUUGAGGUAGAACGACUGGAUGUCUUAAAGAAGAGCAAAACUAAGGAGCUUGUAUUGAAGAAACGGUUGGAACUAGAGGAAGUUUGCAAAAGCGGUCACUUGGAGCCGGAUGCCAACACCACUGCAGACAAGCUUAUUGCGGUGAUAAACUCAGGCAUGGUGGACCUAUCAGACCUUCUCGCAAAUCUUGAUGAGGAAAUCGUCAGGGCAAAAGAAGAGGUAGCUAGCAGGAAGGACAUAAUGAUUUUAUUGGAAAAGUGGAUGUCAGCUUGUGAAGAGGAAGGUUGGCUUGAGGACUACAGCAAGGAUGAAAAUAGGUUCGCCUCUAAAGGUGCCCAUUUGAACUUGAAACGAGCUGAAAAAGCGCGUGCAGCCAUCAGCAAACUUCCUGUGAUGGUGGAGUCUUUGUUACAAAGGACAAAGUCAUGGGAAAAUGAACGUGGCCUUCCAUUUAUGUUCGAUGGGGUGCGUUUACUAUCCAUGUUGAAUGAGUACAAGAAUCUCAGGGAAGAAAAAGAGGAGGAGAAGCGCCGGCUCAGGGACCACAAAAAAGUUCAAGAACAGUUAUUGACUGAAAAGGAGACUCUCUUUGGAUCAAAACCCAGUCCUGCCAAGAGUACUAAGAAACCUGACAGAGGACCUCGGAUGAGCAAUAUUGGAGCUAAUGGACAUACUCCAGCAAGUAGACGGUUGUCCCUGGGAAGCGCUCUUAUGCAGCCAGCAACUCCAGAUUGGUCUCGUAAUGGACCUGCUAUCUCAUGGAUGGCGUCGAGUGGUAACGGUAAAGCUGAUUUGAAACGUGAUCGAGUUCGACCUGCUGCCCCUCCCAAUUUUGUUGCGAUAGAUAAAGAGAAACCAAGCUUUGGUGGUGGAUCGGCUCCUCUUUCCCCUCGGAUCCAUCACUAGUCACCCUUGCUCAAGUAUAUCGAGGACGAUGUCUGUGAGCAGCCUCGACUUCAACCGUGAAACUUUACAACCUUCAGCUGCCGCCUCUUCAGAUCAACAGUUCGCUGCCCUUCGAAGAGUGACCUGGUAUUAGGUUCAUGUCCUCCUGUGGAAGGUCGUGUCAUAUUGUUAAAAGAAAUUUACCGCCAGUGGUGGCUUCAGCUCCGGUUUUUAGAAGAGUUCUGAUAACUCAGGAAUAUCCAUACCACCCAUCUUUAGUUAAAAGCAUUUGAACUUGUACUGAUACCAAGCAACCUUUCCACUCUAGUUAGGUUACUUUGUAUCAGUGUCCAGGUUUCUUAACUGGGUUAUUAAUGAUAAUUGCACCACUAGAUCUGUAGCUGUUUCAGGGUCACUUGUUUCGCGCUAGGGUUAAGUGGAAGUUGAAAGGGGGGGAGGAGGGGGGGAACUGGUCUCAUAAGCUGUGCAUAUUCUAUCAUUGUGAGUGAAGAUCAUUGGAUCUUCAAUGAUCGUCUGAUGUUAUUGUAAUUUAUGCCGAAUUUAGCUUGCAGCAAUCAUACGCAACUCUGAUGUGGCAUUUUCAGCACAAUGGCAACUUGGCCGAAAUUCCUACGAAGAGAUUGAAAUUUAAUUCUCUCAAAAUUUCAGAAUGUUUCUUUA